AUGGAGCAGAGACCCUCACAAGCUGGACAAGCGGCGGCUGCCAGACGGGAAACCGUCAAACGCAUUGGGGACCUUGCGAAACAAAUUGUGCCAGAGAUGGAAAAGAAAGGACAAAUAGCUAAAUUACCCGUGAAGCUUACAGAUGCCGUGUAUUACCCGGCAGAGGGGCAUGGCAAGGUCCGAUUCUGCAUAGCGUGUGGAAAACACGGUAGUUACCGUUUUGACAGACAUCUACUUAGCCAGCACGGGAUCUCAAAAGUAAACAAUUCGCAGCUCUAUGAGGUGUAUGAGCAACUCGGUAGAGGAGUGCUGGAGAGAAUGAAGGCUGCAUCCGUGGAUUUGUCGAAGAUACCGCAGCCUCGGAAUCGUGGGGAGUGGUUAAUAUUUGGCGCCUUCUACUCUCAACUACAGGAUUGCGGUAUCCCGCUGCUUAAUGACCAGCAAGAAUUUUCAAGUUCACCUCAGCCGGAGGAAGUGAAUGUAUGCCCUGUAGAAGGAGGACCAUCCCAUGUAGUUGAAGAAGGGUCAGAACAAGUAAUAAAGGAUGAACAACUUCAUCAGAGAUCGGUACCACCGACACAGCGAGCGCCGUUUAUACCAAGAGCUAAUUUGUGCAUCACUGCCAAAAUAGCUGACGAUCCCGAAUAUCGAGGUUGUUUGACUAUACACCACGUGUUCACGGAUGCUCCAGAUAAAACACUGAUGUUCGCUCAUGAAUAUGAUACCUUGGACGGAAGUGAAGAGGAAGGAGAGCAACAAUAUUUUGUUCAAAGAUUAGGGGAGACCAUGUCCGUCGAUGACGCAAUCUACUCCUGCGAGAUCGUGAGAGAUUUUUUCGCUAAAUUACAAGAUGCAGGCGUUCCUGUGGGUGUGAGAUCGUCGUUUGCAAAAGCAGUGCUCUCAUUUUACAAAUUCCUGCAGCUGAGUGUUGGUGUAGGAGCUGGGAGAAGCAGACACGAUGUUAUUGAGAACGCGAUCAGAUGUGCUGAAUAUGAAGUAAAACGAGCCAACGAUGAGAAAAAAGAGAUCAUGACAUUCAGAGAUAUCGCUGAGAACAGGGCGCAGGAAGUAGAACGUUACUGUGUGGUAAGGACAAUAGUAAACUGUCGGCAAUUAGAGAACGGAGUAAGGACUAUAGCGCAGAGGUUCGAAACAACGAAUUCUUUACAGCGACUAGAUUACUGCUUCGUGAUGAGUGCUGUUAUGGCGUAUCUGGUACACUGUAAUGCAGCAAGGAAUGAGCUGACAUAUAAAACGCGAUACGGCAAUAUAUACGGAGAAGACGAUGUUCAUGGGCUACAAAUUGUGACCUUCAGUGAUGAGAACUUGUUGCAGUCAGAACAGUUCUGGGUUGGCACAUAUCCACUACCGAAGCACUACAAUAGGGUGCGUGAACCGACAAGCAGAACCGGCGGCUAUUUCGUUGUCGACAAAAAGUGCAAGGAGUGGUUGGAUCACUAUGGAAAACUUCGUGAACACGUAUGUCGCCUAAAUGGUAUCCAAGACGCCUAUGAACCGCUGAAGGCAUUCUUCAUUCAAUGGAAUGGGCGUGAUGUAACACCUGAAAGCGCACGAAGUCUUAUGACAAAUCUAUUCUCAAAGCUGGGCUGUGGAAAUUUGAAACUGAGCUGUAACACAUCGAGACGAGGUGUGGCACGUAUGGAGUAUGAAAAACACAUGCGCUCGAAAAUGGAAAGCCUCAGCUCAGGAAACUUCGCUGAUAAAGAUAUUUCUAAUAUACAGUCACACCGACAAAGAACACAGGAAGAAAUAUAUGUGGAUCGUUACCAGAUAUCCUGUGUCUACGGCUAUAUUAAAUUGAAGCUUUACGCUGAGCAAGAAGCCAACAAGAGUCAUGCGAUCAGAGCGCGCGUAGCCGAAAUGAUGGAAACUUUGAAAGAACCUCCAGCAACUGUAUCACGGCUGCCGAAGCAAGGACACAGCGCGGAUGACGAAGAGGAAGAAUUUGAAGGUCCCAGCGACCUUGGGAUGGAAAGUGAUUCUACAUCGGACUUAUCGGUCUAUAAUGAUAUCAUUGGUGACUACGGCGAAGAGUUCACAACUGAUGAACCUAUUAGACAUGAACCUGGAACAAGUUCUUCAGAUGUUUUCCCAUCCGCAUCAGCAAAAUUCCGAAGUAAAAAAAUGAGGCUAAGUCCAAGCAAAGACGACGCCACUGAACAAUUGGAUGUAAGUAGUGACGACAUGGAGGACGAAAACCUUAAAAGCGGCAGACGUACAAGGCGAAAGAAUGCUAGAAAAGCGGUCCCUACUAGUACCGAUAGGUAUGAACAAGACUCUGGUGUUUCGCCAGCGACUACGAUAGCACACAUUAGUGCGUCACCAGUAGUAGUUUGCAGUGAAUCUGAAGGCAAUAUAGCAAUGCUGUCCAAAUACUCAAUUAUCAGAAGAAAAACGAAACGUGGCGAGCAGGAGACAGUCAUGAAGCUUCAAAAGAAAGAAACAGUUACUCCCGCAGACAUCACCGUGGCGUCUUUGUCUCCAUCUACGCAAACGACCUUGCCAUCAGCAAGAGCAACUACGCUGAGAACGAUGGAUGAAGAAGGACGAGAAGGAGAGGGGAUCAGACAAAGUGGAGUGCUGGCUCGAGGAGCUGCGGCAAAGGCGCGAUUCCAACAAAGUGAGGAAGCGAAGAAACGAGAACGCUACGCAUGCCAGUUGCCUGAGAUAGCUAAUCCUGCGAAAGUGCUUGACUAUAUGCGGGAGUUCAACAGCAGGCAGUACUCAGGAGGGUUAGGAUACUUCCAGGAUGAAUACGAGCAGCAAUGUUUCAAUCUACGGCGAGUAGCUCAACCGAUCCAAGAUUUUCCGUGGCUUGAAAUACGCGAUAUCCCAAGUAUUAAUGGGAAAGGUUUAUUUGCUAAAGUGAAUAUCCAGAAAGACCAAGUAGUGAGCGACUACAGAGGAAAGUUUGUGACUAAGGAAGAGUUAGAAGAAAUAAAAUCGAAAAUGAACCCGACAGAUCGUCUUUCAGUUGGCGACUAUGAAGUAGAAUUUCUUGUCUCAUCCACCGACCUUCAAAUUCCUGUAACAUUCCCUCGAAUGCUGAAGUUCAUUCCCUUGGACGAUGACUCUCACUCGCAGCAAACGGGUACCAGAAUUGCGCUGGCGAAAAAAAUAAAGAUUGAUACACGAACCGUGAUCACUGCCAGUAAUGUUUUUCGUUCUUUGAACGUGAAGACUCGCAUUCCUGGCCUCGUUCCUGAUAACAGCCCGAAUGCAUUCGCGGACCUACUCAAUGUAUAUCGCCACAGUCGGUUGAUGUUUUUAGGUUAUGAGGAUGACUACCCUACACGAAGUGAUCUCGCCGAAACGCCGCCAAAUGCGAACACAUUGCUGCAACUAUUAUGUGUGGCGUACAGAGAUGCAUAUGAAAAGAGUAAUCCUGUGGUUCUGGUACUAAAACAUGGAGGAGGUCGAACCCGACUCAUGCGCAAAAAGCAAACGGCGUUCGUCGUGUUAUUGGGAGAGAUCAUCGGUCCAGUCCAACGAAAACGAUAUGGAAACUGUAUUAUUUACGACGAAUCACAGGAUAGAUGUCAAACUGUGAUCGAACAAACUGACGACAGAAAAUCGGAGAAGUCAUUGUUACAAAUAUUUGGUGAGGAAAGGCUCAUAUACUUCCCACGAGCACAUGAGACUAUGUGGACAAGACUGCNAAAUCAGCUGCACAUUAAUGUCGACGAAGUCCUAAAAACGAUGGAUGAGUUCGAUCCUAAUCGGUUUCAACAGGAACAUCUACAGCAGGCAUUGAGCACGAUGAAAUGA